AUGGGCCGUCUCGACGGAAAAGUAGCCCUGAUCACCGGCGCCGGGUCCGGCUUUGGCGAAGCCAUCGCCCAUGGCUUCGUCUCUCAAGGCGCCAACGUGCUCGUCGCCGAUAUUGCAGUGCAGAACGGCAAGCGUGUCGCCGACGAAAUCACUAAGAAAGCCUACGCUGGCGGUGGAUCGGCAGCCUUUGUCGAACUCAACGUUGCGCAGCGCGCCGAUUGGGAAAAAGGACUUGAGGUGGCGAAGUCGCAGUUUGGGAAACUGGACAUUGUCGUGAACAAUGCGGGCACGACAUAUAAGAAGCAAGAGAGCAAAGGUGUUUCCGAGGCCGAGUUUGACAAGAUUAUUGCGGUCAAUGUGAAGAGUAUCUAUCUCAGCGUUGCAGUUGUCAUGCCUUAUUUUGUUGAGCGCAAGGCCGGGGUUUAUUUGAAUACCUCGUCCGUUGCAGGGACCAGGGUUAGACCCGGUCAGGUGUUUUAUGGGGGCACGAAGGGAUUUUUGAAUACGGUCACGCAAGGCCUGGCAGCUGAGUACGGCCCAGAGGGCGUCCGAGUUAACUCGAUCUGCCCUCUGCGAGGCGCAACCGGGCUCCUUGAGAUGUUUAGCGGCGUCCCUGACACACCAGAGGAGAGAGCCCGGUUUGCGCAGAGCGUGCCUCUGCGCCGAAUGUCUGAGCCGAACGAUAUUGCCCAGGCUGCGAUCUACUUGGCGAGUGACGAGGCUGCGUUUGUCAGUGGAGUGAAUCUCCCUGUGGAUGGAGGACGGUUGGCUGUAUAA